UUUAAAUUGCUAAUUAAACUUUGAACCAUUGAAAAAAAAAUUUCUCUAAAAAGUAAGUUUUAUGCGCCGUCAUGAUAAGUAAUAUACCAUCGUUUUAAAGAAAACUUAUUCGUAAAGUCGAAAUUUUAAAAUUUUCGUCGAUCCGAUAUUAAAUAUAAAAGAAUAAUCUCAACUUAAUUUAGAAAAUAAAAAAAAAACAAAAUGUCAAAAAAAACCAUCUUAAAAGAUUCAAACCAAUGGUUAGAGAAAUCAAUUAUCGAUGAACAUAUCAACUACUAUGAUUAUUCGGGUUUCAAAAAUAUUCAACCAAUAGGAAGUGGUUCAUUCGGAAACGUCAAUCGUGCUAAUUGGAAAAAUACUGAUCAUUUCUUCGCUUUGAAAUCUUAUAAUAAUAAUAAACAAACUCUUGAAGAAAUCGUAAAGGAGUUAAAGUUACACCGAAGUGUUGAUAUACAUGAAAAUAUCAUACGGUUAUGUGGAAUAACAAAGGUAGAAACCAGCGAAAUUCAAAAAUAUUCUUUGGUCUUAGAAUAUGCUGAUAGCGGUACGUUAAAUGCUUAUUUAAGCAAGCAUUUUAAUGAAUUGAACUGGAAUGAUAAAUUCCACUUAGCAUUGCAACUGACUAGCGCUGUAGAAUUUUUGCACGAUAAUGAUAUUAUUCAUCGUGAUCUGAAAAACAUUAAAUUAGCAGACUUUGGUUUAUCGAAAAGAGUUAUUGAAGUAUCAAGUGACUUAUCAAAAGUACUUGGUGUAUUACCCUAUGUAGACCCAAAAGGUUUCGAAGACAAAGAAAAUUAUAAAUUAAAUAAAAAAUCUGAUGUAUACAGCAUUGGAAUUUUAUUGUGGCAAAUUUCAAGUGGAUAUAGACCUUUUCAUGAAGUCGGUUAUGGACCAAGUUUAAUGUUAUCUAUAUUAAAUGGUCAAAGAGAAAAAAUUAUUGAUGGGACUCCUGUCAAAUAUAGUAAAUUAUAUACAGAAUGCUGGAAAUAUGAACCAAAUGAACGUCCAAAUAUGCAAGUAGUUGUUUUAAUACUUAAAGCAAUCACUUCUCCUGAAAUUAUUAUUUGUAAUUCAAAUGAAGGCAAAAAAAAUUCUUUAUCAUCAGAAAGUUAUGAAAUAAAUUUAGAAUCAAACAAGAUAGUUCAUCAAUUGCAUCAAGUCGAACGUCAUUAUCAUCAGUAA